AUGAUGCAGCAACAAAAUCUUUCAACCCUUGAUAUAGCAGCAUCUUGUAUAGCAGGAGUAAGAUUACUUAGACAACAAGUAGUAAAAACAUUUGGUUAUAUUUCAAGUGGACCUAUAACAUCAAAUAAAGCAUAUGAUUAUGACCAAAAAGUAAAAGAAUUAUUACAUUGUGUAAACAUUUCAUAUGAAAAUGUUGAAACCCAGGCAAAAAAACUUCCUGAUACAAUGCCGAGAAAACAUAUUGCUGACAGGUUAAUUGCACUCGCUGGUCAAGCUACCAUUGAUAGAGAAGCUUCAAAAGUUUAUAACUCUUUAAUCGACUCUGCAGAUUGGUCUAGUUUUCAAUCGUUAUAUAUAACUUAUGUUUCUGAAUUUAUGAAAAAUCAAUAUGCUUUCAAGAGACAUCAAAUGUCGGAUUUUGUUGAUAGACCAAUUCCAGAUUCUACAUGGACUUUACUUAACAAUCCUCAAAAAACGUUUGAAGAAAACUUUGCAAAAUUACCACAGUUUCCUGAAUUAAAAAGUACUAUUCAAUGUCGAUAUUUAGAAAGGAAUCUCCAAUCAUGUGUCAUUGAAAUUAAAUUUGGUUAUUAUGGAGAUACUAACAAAUACCAUAAUUUCAUAUGUUCAGUAAAGUUACUUUUAAUUGUUAAUGAUGGUAAUAUUGAUCAAAUUAUUGUUGCUGAUCCAGAAGAGGAAUGGAGAUAUCAAGAUACAAAUCGUUCUCUACUUGAUUUGUCAUAUUCCUCUAAAAGGAAAUGUUUUAGAAGUCUUACGACACAGGCAAAUUUAAUUCUAGCUAAUCUCCAACCCUAUUUAGUAGGAAAUCAAGCAGUUAAUUCAAUGAAACAAAUGCUUACUUUCUUUUCAAAAUUUCAAAAACUUUAUGAACAACCUUGUGCUCUAUGCCAUAAAAUAAUGUCCAAUUUUAUGCCACCAACAGUUUAUGAUUUCACAAAUACAAAAAUUGUUUAUCACGAAGGAUGUAAAAGUUAA